UCGGAGAGGACGUGUGCGGACGCUCCGCUCGAGCCGCAGGAGGCAGGAGCCGCGACAGCGACGUUAGCUUUGUUCAGCAUCAGACAGAGGCGACUGACAGCACUGCGGCGGCUCUCUCGGCAUGAUGUGGCCCGGAGCCUUCAACUUGUUCUCGCGCUCGGCGCGCAACCCUGCGCUUCCCCCGAUGCUGCUGAUGCUGCUGAUGCUCUUGGUCCAGCUGCUGUGUGUGAGGAGUGCAGAGGCCACCCAGGAACCAGGAACCGUCAUCCCAGCCGAAAGUAGACCCUGUGUCGACUGCCACGCCUUUGAAUUUAUGCAGAGGGCACUGCAGGACCUCAAGAAGACUGCCUUUAACCUUGACUCAAGGACAGAGAGCCUGGUGCUGAGGGCUGAGAGGAGGGCCCUCUGUGACUGCAUGCCCACGAACACACUGAGCUGAAGGGAUGCAUCACACCUGCUCUGCUGACCCCCGUCCCCCAACCCUGCUGACCUCUGCACCUGUCCCAAUAAUAGCGCUACCCUCCCCAGCCCCCUCUCCAUUAUGAACAACACAGCUAGAUUGGCGCUCCCAAGGGUGUGCGUCCUUCCACGACUCGCCUUGUUGCAGAAACCCAUGGAUCCCCGUUAGCAGCGAUCCUUCCCUGCCGCAUGCACAUUCACACAAAUUAGUUUUCGUCUUAGGUUUGUUACUAUGUCUCGUAGUCUUCAGUGUAGGCUUCCCUACACCAUUCUCUAAGAACUUUAAGAGAGUAGCUCACUAGCAGAUAACACACGUUAAGUAUGUUAAUUAUACAGCACAUAAGAUAUGUUUGCAUAGCAGGAAGGAUUUCAGAUCUUUAAAAUAUAUUGAUAUUUUUGAUCAGAGUACUUGAAGAAAUCAUGGUAAGAAAAGCAGUGCUAACGUAGAAUUAACUUGUUUGUGUGGAUAAUAUUUUUAGGGGAAAUUAAGUCUCGAAAAAUGUUUAGUAUGACAUUUCGGCAUAUGAUAAAGUAGCGAAGCUAGUUUGUGAUGUAAGCUGUGACUUAAUUUGUAACUGAAAUUUUAUUUUUAAAGACAGUAAUAUUGCAUGAGAGGAUCAUUUUUAAAUAGAAAGUACUUAAUGUUGUUUAGCAAAAGUAAUUUUUUGUUGGAAAUGCGUGUUUCGUAAGCAUCUGGGAGAAAGGAGGUCAGUCUAUCUGCUGUUACAGUUCCAGUUUUGGAUACAUCAUGGCUCCAGUCAUCCUGAGGGAGUCCUUACAUUAACAAGUUCUUAGAAUGACAGCUGGACAAGUGUUGAUCCCAAACUCACUGUUCAUGUUUGAACAGCAAGGCAAGGAAGGGGUUGUAUACAUAGCUAUUAAAUAAAAAAAUUUUAAACACCGAUACUGUUUUCUCAGUGGUUUACACUUUGUGCACUUUGCUGGAUUUCUCAGUCAGCAUUGUUAGUAUAUCUUGUGGGGUCACCAUUAUUAAAACAUUUUAAUUGAUAUGGCUGAUUAUUUUGCUGGGUUUCCCAGUUUGGUU